AUGAGCUCUAUUGAACAGGCCUUUGUCCAGAGCCUGCUGGAGGACCAGAAGCGGGUGUCUGGACGCCGACUCAACGAGGCAAGGAAACUAGAGCUGGCGUUCGGCGGCAGCUACGGCCACGUGGAAGUAAAAAUGGGCCGCACUAGGCUUGUCGCUCAGGUGUCUUCGCAGGUAGCCAAGCCCCGCGACGACCGGCCAUUUGAGGGACUGUUUUUGAUCACAACCGACGUCAGCUCUAUGGCAUCGCCACGGUUCGAAAACGGCAGGCAAACGGUGGACGAGCUGAUGGUCACGCGGCUGAUUGAGAAGGCUAUUCGCCGGUCGAAUGCCCUUGAUCUCGAGUCCUUAUGUAUUGUAGCCGGCCAAUCCUGCUGGAUGGUCCGCGCCGACGUUCACUACUUGGAAUACGACGGCGGGUUCAUUGACGCGAGCUGCAUAGCCGUCAUUGCCGCCCUACUGCACUUCCGCCGGCCAGACACCUCCAUCGACGGGUCUCGCACCAUCGUACACACUCUCGACGAACGCCCACCGGUGCCUCUUUCUGUGCUGCAUGUUCCGAUCUGUGUGUCCUGGUCGUUUUUCGACAACGAUAUCAUCGUGGUGGACGCAGACGAAGCCGAACAGGACCUGCGCAUCGGGUCCAUGACAAUCACCAUCAACAAGGACCGCGACAUCUGUCAAUUCACCAAGGCCGGCAAGAUCCCGCUCUCCAGCCAGCAGAUAAUCGAAUGCUGCGAGCAAGCUCAUGGCAGGGCGCGGGAGAUCACUGACCUCAUCCACGAGAAACUCAAGCAGGACUUUGAGAAACGCAACCGCGGCAAUAUGGGCUUUGAUCUGGCAGAAAACGACCGGUGA